UUGAACGCAUUGAAGAUGGUGCGAGUGCGAUAUACAGUAAAAAUGACAGAGUUUUGACAUAACUGGCAAUAUUAUAUUUCAGUUUUAAAUGUAAAUUUCCGAAAUAAAAAACAAAUGUCAGAGUCUUUUUUCGUUUUUCUUCGAUAUUCUACCAAGAUCGUUUUGGGAUAUAAAUAUUACAGAGAAGCGUGAUCUACCUAACCUAAAAUUUAUCUUUCAAUACAUGCUUUUUGGGAACUGGAAAAAAUAUUUUUCAAGAAUAAAACUAGAUAUGUAUAUAUCCUGAAGCGGCAAAAGGCGAGUUUAAUAUGUUUUUCAUUCGGCGAAUUUUACAUUUCGCUGCACGUGUAACGUGUAAUCGAUACUCCGUAUAUUAUCAUCGUAUUCCGAUCGUAUAUAAAAAUGAUAUCGGAGCAUUCCGGAAUCCGAGCCGUUUUUUUCAUGAAAACGACAACAAAGAAAGCAAAAAAGUGGGUAAGCUGGAAGGAAAACUAAAAUUGAUAUUUACAUGUAAAAGAUGCUCCACGAGAAACACCAGGCUGAUAUCCAAAUUGGCAUAUAAUAAGGGUGUAGUAAUAGUGAGAUGCAAUGGUUGUAAGAACAAUCAUCUUAUUGCCGAUAAUUUAGGGUGGUUUCCUGAAAUAACUACUAGAACAAAUAUCGAGAAAAUAAUGGCAUUAAAAGGAGAAACAGUACGAAGAAUAGCGGAUGAUAAAGAGGGCUAUUUCGAGGCUGUUACAAAUGAAGAAUUCAAGUUACAUCAAAAAAACGCUAGCGAGACAAAAGACUCAAACAAUGAAAAUGAUGAUGCAAUUAAAAAAAUUGAACCACCAAAAGAGAAAAAAAGUUGAAUUUUCAUUUAACGUUGCUAGAACGAAAGUACAAUAAUUAAUAUAAAAUUUGUUGAAUGCGGCGCAACUCAUCUCAAUUUAUAAUCGCCUAUAUAUAUUACUUGGAUAAUAUUCCUACCAAUGACAUUAGUUUGGCACAAGGGAGACACAUUACAGCCUUUUAACAAAUUUUUAAAAUCAUGAUACUUUUUCUAUGUACAAUUUUAUAAAAAAAAUGUGCAGAUAAAAAAUAUAUACGAAAA